AUGGUGUACGAUGACACCAGUAAGAAGUGGGUGCCAAUCAAGCCGGGCCAGCAGGGCUUCAGCCGCAUCAACAUCUACCACAACACGGCCAACAACACCUUCCGCGUGGUCGGGGUCAAACUACAGGACCAGCAGGUACAUACACACACAAUUGCCAUGGUGAAUUUGUCUGUUCUAGUCAUUUCUAUGGACCUACAUAUGUGAUGUAGAUCUGGGGGAAGACAAGUCACACUGCAAGCCUAUUCAUCUUCAUCACACACACUGGCUUAAGGAUAAUAAUAGAGGAAGAGUCCAUCUCUUAUGCAAUCUCUUUCAUAUUCAGCUCUGUGAUAAAAAUGAAAAUGCAGACAACGUUUUUGAAAUGUACCAGUAAUCUCUAUGGCACUAUCGAUGGAAUUCCAUCUUGUACACUGAUCUAAGCUGACCAUAGUAAUUGGCGAAUAAUGAAUGACUGAUGAGUGAUUGGCUGACUGUCUCGCAGGUGGUGAUCAACUACUCCAUAGUAAAGGGGCUGAAGUAUAACCAGGCCACGCCCACCUUCCACCAGUGGCGUGAUGCCAGGCAGGUGUACGGCCUCAACUUCGCCAGCAAGGAGGAGGCCACCACCUUCUCCACCGCCAUGAUGUUCGCCCUCAACGUGCUCAGCUCGCAAGACGGAGGUGGGACCCUUUCCCGUGUGGAAAUAAUGUGUCUGUCUGUUUAUGGCACAGUCAAAGGGUUUAGCUGGGCUCUAGCUGACACUGAUGAAUGUUAAUUGUCAGUUAUACUUGGCACGCCAGCUGCUAAUUGUCAGUCGAAAUGCACAUAUUUUUAUCCAGUCAUUUGUGGCCAGUUUAACUCCACUAUCAUCCAAGGAUUGUUGGAUGAACUAAAUAUUUUGUUGAACAUGUUUAGGCUGUUAUAAGAUAUAAUAUCUUAUAUUAUAGAUAUCAUCUAUUUUCAGAAAGGAUCUCAACCUGUUCAAUUUACACUUGGUUCAGCCAAUGACAUUAGGGCUGCAGGUGCCAGUCAGUCUGGUUGCUGGGUUGCUCUCAACUGAGUUCUACAUCCCUCUGCUGGACAUCAAGCUCUAGAGUGAAAACAGAGCCAUAACUAGUAUAUCUCAAUGGCUCAGGGUGAAAUCUUUCAGCAGUGUGUGUGGGAAAUUGGGAAUACAAAACAAACCAUAGAACCCUGUUAGACUAUAAACCCAGUGACCUAUGUCAUGUUCAGUAGGGCACAUUGUAGCAAAACUUUUAAAAAUGUUAUGCAAUGGAAAAUUAUUUAAAAGGACUUAUUGUACAAGUUCAAAUAGUACAUCCCCAUUUCACUUAGUUUCUAAAUGUUUUUCCCUACUGAACUAAACCCAGGCUAGGGCCCAGGCUGCCAGACUUAGAUAUGUUCAGUGGCCUGGUCAUUGGUCAUUUAAGCAUCAAGUAUAAGGGCCGAUUGCAGACAGUUGUGACAAUACUGCAUGCCUAAUGCAACACUAUCCAAACUAACCAUUACAACUAUUAACACUAUCACGCCAGGAAAGACACUUGCACACAUCAAUGUAAAGACCUGUGGUUAGAGGAGAUGCAUGGUGCUGUCUAGUUUAUGACAACAGAAAUGUAGUGAAGUCUUUAUAUGAAGCCUGGCCUGACUCUACCCAUACUUAACAAAUAGCACAUGGGCCUCUCCUGUUACAGGCUGCUACUUAUACGCUGUUGGGAGGGGGAGUCCGGUGACGGCUCCAUUCCGUCCCCUAGCCUUCCUAUUGGUGCACGGCCUGGCUAAAAUACCCAUGGAGCCAAACUGUCUUAGACCGCCAAAUCUCACAUGGCACUCUCCUUUUUUGGGGAACCUAUGAGGUAACCGGAAGGGGCAACGUUGGAGGUGAGCUGAGCUAUGGGGCUCCUCACGCAAACACAAGGUGCUUUUUCAGUCCAGGGAACGCAGUCGCAGGCAUUCUCCUGCUUUAUACCUGCUACUGGGGUCCCAUGUUGGAUCACCCGACUCGUGGCUAAUGCUAUUCCAGUAGUCUGGCCAGCUGCCUGACUAGAAGCCAUAGUUAGUACAUAUCCUACAUACAGUAAUAGCUUGCUAAAGACACUGUAAGAACAGCAGAGAGGGUCUCACGAUGAUUCUUACUCCAGAGAUGUCACCAGCCACUAUCAGAAGGUGCACUUCUGCGAAGAUCACCCUCAGUAAGUAGAGUAGGUGAUAGAGGGAGUGGCGGAAUCUAUUGCAUGAUGGUGCUGCUGGCAAUGUGAGGCUGAUGGCAUUGGGAACACCUCUUUGGGUGGCAUUGUAGGGCUAAAAUAGGGAGGUGAUGUUCUGGAAAUCACUAUGCAGAUGUGUAAACUGUUAAUCAUGUAAAACUUAAGCUGUAUGCAUUUCUGUUGACUGCCAAUGAAAGUUUUCCAUAUUAAACACCACGGUGGCCCUAAGGGGCAAAGUACCAUUUAUAUUUGAUCAUGUUUUGGGGCUACAGCACCACGGGGUGCUUAGAUGUGGCUCCUGAGGUUUGGAAUAUUGUUUUUUAGCAUCAUAUUUAACUAAAAAACUCACAUUUAGGCAAUUAGGUAAACCCAUCUGAGUUAGAGAGUGUGAGAGAGAAAGCAGGCCUUGUUUUGUCCCUUGAGGGCUUCUGUCCUUACUGUGCACAGGCCUGAUCAAGCCCUAGCACUCCUCUGGGCCACUACUUCUCUCACAUCACCAUGGCAGCAGCCAGGACCCCAUAUGUCAGGCCUCUCUGUGCAACAUUAGGCACUAGCUAAGCUCAUUUCGCAAAUAAACAACCUUCUGUUAACAUCUGUAGAUGUGUUUUAUAGCGUUCAGAAUAACCCUUGAUUGUGUUAAUGGUGUUGGCUAUUGUGUCACUAAUCUAAAAGCCUUUAAUUGUGCAGUCGUUAGGCUGUGAGGCUGCAGUUGGCAAGUGAUAUGGACAAUAGUGGUCCACAUUGUUUUAUUUGAAAUAUCAGGCAACUCUUUACCAGCUCAAUACCGUUGUAUCGUAUGUUUAGUUACUUUGUUGUGUCUGGAUCUGAAAAUAAGUGGCUACAAAAGUAUGUCUACUAAAAGAUGGCAUCAAAUAGCAUAUUAGCUUUUCAAUGGUUUCAUUUGAUCGCAAAUAGUAUACACUAUAUAGUUCAAGUUCUUGGUUUCAUGUAUUCCAAACAAAACCCUGAAAAGAUCAGGUUGGAGUAACUGGCUCACAGACACCAUCUUAGAUGGACACCAACUUAGAUUACUGCCCUCAAUGGCGAUUAUGAUUAAUAUUUUUGAUGUUUUAUGACAUAAGCUCUAGCUGGAUGUGUGCUAACAUUAGGUGCAAAGCCCUACAGAUAAUUAUCAGCUGCUAACAAGGGGAGUUCAGAGGAGUGUCAAGAAGAAUGUAAACAAGACAUCCCAAGACAUCACCUAUCAGAGAGCUGCAGGCUGAGAGAACAAAGAAAAGCAACAGAGACAGAGACACACACACAGACAGAGACACACACAGCCACACACACACACAGACAGAGACACACACACACAGACAGAGACACACACACACAGACAGAGACACACACACAGACAGACACACACACACAGACAGAGACACACACACAGAGACAGACACACACACACAGACAGAGACACACACACACAGACAGAGACACACACACACAGACAGAGACACACACACACAGACAGAGACACACACACAGACAGAGACACACACAACUAAACUCCUCAUAGGCAGUGUAGUGAUGAAACAGUGUACAGUAGGGCAUGAUUUAUAUUUAUUCGCUAUUUUCUGAAAAAAGGGGGCAGAAAUGUGAAGGCUAUGAUUGGCUCUGUUUGAUGAUGAUAGAAUAUUAAAAUAUUUCUCCUUCAUGAGACGAUGACUGUGGGAGAUGAAACAUGAAAGACGGUUUGGGAUUGGAAAUGAAUCUAGUUUUAGAAAGCGUUACAGUACCUUAUUCCAAAACAGCAAUCAACACAAAUGAAGCCAACAUCCUUGCCUUAGUUGCUCAUUAAGAAUGAUAUUAAUGUAUUAUAAUGUCAACUGGAAUACAUCAGUAAUGUCAAGUGAAUGCUGAAAACAAACCAAGAUUCCAAACCUACAGAUGGUUGGAAAUGGUAAGGACUCGUCUCUGUUACUGAGGUUGAAAAUACAUAUUUUUGGUUGAAAAAAAGUAUUUUCAAUGUCUUGUGCUCACUGGGUAAGCAGUAUCCAUAUAAAGAUGCUCCAUGUGUCCCUCAUGCCGAACACACCCAGCGGAAAUGACACCCAAGGGCGCUCAAGUGUUGCAAAGGGGCGUCUAAGGUUUAUUGUUUGGUAUUCCUGAUAUGCAAUACGUGGUCUCCCAGAUAGACCUUUAUAAUAGCUAUGUCUCAGAAUAGGGUCUCAUCCUCAGUUAGUUGGGGCAGUAGGGUAUGACUCAGUAACCUCUUAGUUCACACUAUGCCGUACCCCAGUGGGUGUAAAGUACCCCAGUGACGUCAAGGCACGUCAUAAAGACUUCAAGUAAAGAUGUCCUAUUUUUGUUGUUAUCUGGUCACUAAAAAGAUGUCUAAAAAUGUCUAGUAUACCUCACCAUGAUGUCAUAAUGACAGUUUUGUCUGCAGUUCUAACUGUUUUGUACCGGGCCAUUGUCCAUCUAUGUCCUUCAUUGUUGAUCCUGGUGUUGAAUAUUUUUCGACAAAGACUGGUGAAGUUAGACGUUUUUCCAAUGAAAAUUAAGAAUAUUACAUUCAAUCCAAUCCAAUCGUGUUUGCCCUUGAAUCUGGUUCAGGAUUGGCGAUUUAAGGAAGGUUGGGAUUCAUGCAUUUGUUGUGUUGAAUGCAGAAUACACUGUAGGAGUUGUACACAGAUGUGUAUGGGAAGGAGGGGAGGGCAUGUCAGGUCUAUUCUGGUCCAUGGUGCGGCUGGACCUGUUUUGUUGAGGUUUCCUGUAGAAAUGCCUGUGGUUUACAUCAAUCAUGCUAUGGGGAAAAACACAGUCUGUCUCUUCAGGUGUGUUUCUCAACAGUUUCACAACUGACUAUUCCCACCCCGCAUAGCCUGGUCCCAGAUCUGCUUGUUCUGGAUAGCCAACUCCUAUGGUCAUUGUCAUGCCAAUUACCACAUAGGAGUUGACAAGACAGCACAAACAAAUCUGGGACUAGGUUACCCCACAUCCACCCCACUCCAGACAUUAACUCCGUGUAUUUAUAAAGACUGUCUCAGAAAGUCUCAGUAUCGCCAUUAGGACAACUAUUUAUGCCUGGGCAGGUUCCAAACCAGGCAUAUGUUUGUAAAAUACUAAUGUCGAAAUAAGAUGACAGACAAGACACCACUUCCAAUGUAAACAAGCAAGACAGACUAAUAAUGUCUAGUGCUAAUGUAUUGAACACCAUGGUAAUGCUAAUCUCCUAAAGUCAACAGCCAAGACAUGCCGUGGCUAAUCCAGUGUCUUUCUCAGGAGGAUUUAGAGGAGAGGAGAGCGUGAGGACACACAGUAGCAGCGAGAGGGGAUGACAGGGGGAGGGACACGCUUCGCUUGUGAGAUGACACAUGCCAUUUGACCCAGCAUGCAAUUUAUGCAAUGAACUGGCUGUCUGUCAAAGCCCUGUCUGCAUUUGUGGAGGUUAUUUUGGCUGUUAGGUCGUAUUGUCAUUAUGUUUGCUACAUUCAACUAGAACGCUUUGAUUUGACGCCUAUUGUAGCUGCCAAAGUGAAGGCCGCGCCAUAGAUGGAAGUGAGCAAUAGUGUGGUCGUCACGACUUCUUGUUAAACUAAAUUGACACAUCUCACCAUAUCAGCGCCUACUGUACAAAUACAGGACAGUAUGUGCUCGGACAGACCCACAGGCAAAUAGACACUGCUGCCGGAGUCACACUCUAACACACACAAUCUACAGACACAUUAUUCUUCAGUUGUAUUGUUUGUAUAUCGUUGUAUUUUAAAUUUGUGUGACUGUUCUUGUCUAUCAGUUACUUGUCAUGUUUUAUGUUUUGGUGUGGACCCCAGGAAGAAUAGCUGCUGCUUCGGCAAAAGCUAAUGGGGAUCCAAAUAAACCAAUAAAGCAAUGUUUAAUAGGUAACAGGAAAUACAGCAGUGUGGUGAGGGGUGCAUAAAACAUAACAUUUGUGGUGACUAUCGCUAGAGGCCAACCAGACCCUUACAUCAUCAUGUAUCUGUUGGUUAUUGUUAUACUGUAUGUAACCUCAGGCCUACAUUCAAUAUGCUAAAUAUGACUAGCUCUAUUACUGCAGGGGAGGGUGUGGCAUGUGAAAAAACGAUUCACAAACACCAACGAUACACACGAAUAUAUGUCCUUUCAUACAGGUUGUCUUUUUCGAAAAGCUAAAAACCUGUUUCUGUUCCCCACCUCAGGCCCUGCUGUCCAACGGCAAAAUGGGCCCUCCUCAGAAGACCCCGAUGCACAGAGGAGGUAAGAACGUCUGACCUUCAUAAUAACACCAAAUAGUGAUGACAAAUAAAGCGUUGUGCACAGUAGAACUCACAAAACAAAGACAUUGAUAAAGAAACUGGUUUGAAAACGUGCUAGUAUCCAUCACUGAAAGUGUUCCUCAUUUCAUUUGUCUGAAGGUAGUUUGUUUUGAAGGUGCAAAAACACAUCAGGCCUACCACAUAUCCAGUGGCUCGUGUUGUGUUCUUAGUCCACUCUAGUAGUGGAAGGUGGUACUAAACUCACAUUAUGGGUUACCUGUAUUUUACAAAUGUUCCAUCCCGAGAAUAAAUCACUUUUCUCCCAGGUAACCCUGUAUUUUUCGCCAAAACCGGAAGUGUCAUUCAAAAGCAUAUAAAUAUGUCUGGAUUUGAUAAGAGCUUUGAUCAGCAUGAACAUUCAAACCUGAUGCUACCUGAGCCUGAUGAGCCAUAUAUUAAAUACAUUUUAUGAGCCGAGCCCUACAUUAACAAAAUUUAAUGAGCACAAGCCCAAAAAAGCCCAAAUGAAAAAAAAAAAGCCCAUUAUCCAAUACAUACACUAUAUAAACAUUUGGCAGUCCGACGGACAAAUCUGGUUUUGGCGGAUGCCAGAAGAACGCUUCCUGCUCGAAUGCAUAGUGCCAACUGUAAAGUUUGGUGGAGGAGGAAUAAUGGUCAGGGGCUGUUUUUCAUGGUUCGGGCUAGGCCCCUUAGUUCCAGUAAUGGGACAUGUUAAUGCUACAUCAUACAAUGACAUUCUAGAUGAUUCUGUGAUUCCAACUUUGUGGCAACAGUUUGGGGAAAACCCUUUCCUGUUUCAGCAUGACAAUGCCCCCGUGUACAACGCGAGGUCCAUACAGAAAUGAUUUGUCGCAAUCGGUGUGGAAGAACUUGACUGGCCUGCACAGAGCCCUGACCCCUGGGAUGAAUUGGAACGCCGACUGCGAGCCAGGCCUAAUCGCCCAACAUCAGUGCCCGACCUCAUUAACACUUGUGGCUGAAUGGAAGCAAGUACCCCGCAGCAAUGUUCCAACAUCUAGUGGAAAGCCCUCCCAGAAGAGUGGAGGAAAGGGGGGGACCAACUCCAUAUUAUUGCCCAUGAUUUUGGAAUGAGAUGUUCGACGAGCAAGUGUCCACAUACUUUUGGUCAUGUAGUGUAUAUAGCCCUAUAUGUAAAUGUCCUAGCCUACCUCUUUCAGGUAAUACAUUCAAUGCAGUAGUAGUCUUAUAUUUAGCUAAUGGGUGGGUUAUGCAUAAUAAGCUUUUAACAUACUUGUCUCUUGUGGAAUAUGCAUGCACCUGUGCUCUGCUGGCCUCUCCUUAAAAAAUGCUCCUUAACUCUUGGAGUCCUAUGCAAGAAAAGCUAGACUAGAAUAGCUUGCUGGACAUUAUGCAAAAAAAAAAUCUUAUACCAAUAGACUAUUCGAAGAGGGAUGCAAGCUCUUGUUUGCUGAAUGUUAAAUACAGCAGCCAAUAGAACUCACUGGCAGUUUGAAAGAAUAGCGAACUCGCAAUAGCGGUAGGCUAUUGCAGUUAUUUAUUCAGACCCAUAACCAUUCAAUCGUCGUAAAGAGAAGUGAAAGCCUUCUGCAUCUUAAUUCUAGUCCUAUACUAGAAUGAUAAAGGUAAGGACAACAAAAUGUCGUAUUUCAUUUAACUGUUGAAAGCGAGGAAGGAAUGAAGCAACAAUAGAGAGAGAAAGAGGAGGUAGGCUAAUAACAUUAGGGGAAAUAUUAUGAAAUGUAUAUAUUGAGUCAGCCUACUAAUUAUACAAAUAGGCCCUAUUAUAUUUCAAAAUUAAAAUCAAAUUCCCUAGCCUAUACUUGUAACUUUGUAGGCCGCAUUUGCUACACCAGAAUCACAUGAUCUCUUCUGCUUUAUCAUGGUUUGAACAAUGUGCGUAAUUUCAUAUAAUACAGUAUAAUACAUACAGUACAGUAAUACAGCUCACAGUCAAAUAGCCUACCGGAGCUAGUUAUAUUUAUUUACCUAUGGGCUUUUAUGUUUUUCUGUCGUAUAAAAGGGGUGUCUACAUACUUUUGUGUAUAUAUAGUGUAUCAAUCUGGAACAGGAUGAUCUAUUUUGGAUGCAAUUUGAAUGGAGUUGAUGGAAAGAGAGAAAGACUACGAGAGAGCGCUCGCGUGUGCAACGAUAGGCUAUUUUGAAACUCAGCAGCUGCAAUGAAAAAAGAAUAGCCAGAUGGGAGAUGGGUAAAUUAGACGCGCAUUCGGUCUUUAUAUUACUGUAGCGUAGGCUAUGCCUGUCACAAGAAAAAAAGUUACCAUAAUGAGACGAUAGGUCUGCAUGCAUUGUGAACUGCGCUCCGUACGAAGAUGGUCUGUCUCUACCCUGAAAGUUGAUUCAUCAUGCAGAGGCCGUAGAGAAGCCAGAUUUAGACAUUGCAUGUCAUUUCACAUUUACAUUUCACGCCAUGCUGUUCAUAUAAAUAAUUUAUUAUAAUUUACCGGUUGCUCGCAGUUAUUUAUCCCGGGAAAAGUUUUGGUCGGUAAAUCUCGGUAUCCGGGUUCCUGCCAUUCAACCCUAACUCACAUACAGUCAAGCAGCUUGAAGUUAAAUGAAAAACAAUGAUGGCAGUGUUCAUAUUCAUACCAGGGUUCAUAUUUUAGAGCCAUUUUCGAUAAGUGGUGACAGUGAGCAAGCAGUAGAAAUUUAGAGGUGCAGGUUGUCAAGCAACAAUGUAUUAGUGGGCCCAGAUUGGCUGGAAAUAAGGAGCGGCUAAAACUUGUCUGUGUCCUCUGUGUAUCUGCAGGCAAAUGAUGGAGCAGCAUCAGAUGCAGAUGCAGGGAGUGGCCCACAAAGAGAGGGAACGACGGACGUCUGGCUCAGGUAAGGCCUGCCGACAAACAUACUUACUGUGGACAAACACUACCAUGUUAGACAAGGCCGGGUCUGUCAACACACAACACACAAGCCACAAUACGUUUCGCCCAUGUCAGAUAACAUCUUAGGAUGCUAUUCUCUCCAUAGGAAUAGCAUGGCAAUCAUGGUAACCAAACACAGCCCAGUGUAGCAGCACAUAUGGGUCGUAUUCAUUAGGCACCAAUGAUGAGAAAACAGACAGAAACAGGGAGGGACUACCUGAAUAUGUCCAAUAAGAUACUCUCAUUAUCGUUUUCCGUUGCAAAACGUUGUGCUACAGUUUACCCUAAUGAAUACGACCAUGGAUAGAGAGCUACCUCGGACACAUCUGUGUUUGUGUUGAACCCUCCCUCCUCUUUUUAUUUACUCAUGCUUAUCCAUGCACAAACAGGAGCUACACUCAUUGUGCCAGCGUGUUGUCGGCAGCUGCGUGACAAUGCGACUUGCUGCUUUCCUGAGAGUUUGCAUUCUGCUUCUUUUUCUUUUCAGUUUAUUUUUAUAUUUCAUCAUCUUUGCUUGGUUUCUCAUUAUUCUCUCUUUUUUUUAUCCUUUGUUUUCUACCCCACCCUCCUCCGUCUGUGUGUUGUAGUCGUUUCCACCCUCCAAUAUAAGGUGUCCUCCCCUCCCUCUCACCCCUCAAACACCCCUCCUGAGUAUAGACACUACCGGGCCGCCACACUGCCGCCUUCCUACGGUCGAGUGGCCUCCAACUCCUCCCCUUCCUCCUCCUCCUCCUCCUCCUCCCAGGAGAGAGAGGUGCUGGGCGGACGGGCGGGCGACAACUCCGCCCAGCUCUCCCAGCUCUCCACCUCCCUGGCCUCGGCCUUCUCACCCGUGCAGCCAGGGGUGCCCAUGGCCCCGACCCGGCAGGUGCGCCAGAUCCCCCUCUCUCCCCCCACUGCUCGGGCCCUCCACCACACCCAGUCCCUCCACCAGGGUCACCCCCUGCAGGACCCUGUGCUGCCCCCCAAACACGGCACCUGGUCAGCCUCCCACGCCCACAUGUACAGCCCCGUGCCCUCCACGCCCCCCGUGGUGGGCAUGAUGCCUGUGCACAUGCCCCCUGUGCCUCAGCCCCAGCAUGUCGUCCCCGUGGCCCACCCUCUGCCGCCUCUCCACAGCCGCGUUAAGACCCACCCCCUGGACCAGCCCGGCCAACCCCACAUCCCGCCCCAUCUCCCCCACGCCAACGGCCAAUCAGAGGACUAUUAUAACCUUGCUCAGCAGCAACAGCAGCAGCUAGGUUAUGGCGAGGCUACUUCCUUGCCCCCUCUGAUUGGUCAGUCUGCGCAGGGCCCCGUCCCUGUCUCCGCCCACCAGCCCCAGUACCCCUCCUCCUUUCACCCCCAGCAGCAGAUGUACCAGGCCGCGCCCCCACCACCACCAGCUCCCCAAUUCUCUCCCCCCUCAUACACCACAGCCCCAUCAGAGGGGGGCUCGCCCAAGCAGACGCCCUCUCCUGUCGCUCAGGCUGCCACGGCCAGCUGCAGUAAGUACAAGCAGAGCUCAAUGAGCAAGGCACUUGGACAACAGGUGUGUGUCCUGUGUGUGUCCUGUAUGUAUGUCCACUCCACUCCACACACCUCACACAACAUGCAUCUGGCUUAUGUGGAUGGAAGUAUAUACCUAUUAUGAAUACAAUAACAGUCCCCAUAGAAAAUUCUGCCAUCUGUUACUGUACUUUUGCAUUUUUGAUUAACUUUAAAUUCCUCUUAUCUAAGACUGUUCAUCUAAUCAGUUCCAAUCAGUACUCGCCAGCAGUGUUAGCCAAUGAGGAAUCUGAUGUCACCUGAUGUGAACCUAUUCUGUUUCUCUCCCAGGUCCGGUUUCUCUUCCCGCCAUGCUGGCUGUGGCCCCACCGGUGGCCCCACCUAUGCCUAUGGCCCCCCCUGCCCCUAUGGCACCCAUGGCCCCCCCCCCUCCACCGGGCCCCCCGCCUCCUGCCACGGUGCCACCGCCCAUGCCCCCUCCACUGCCGGUUGGUGGAGAGCCUGGGGGGCCACCGGUAGGGGGGGCAGGGAAUGAGCUGGCGCAGCCACUCUCAGGACUGGCGGCCGCCCUCGCUGGAGCCAAACUCCGUAAAGUUGCAAGGGUUAGUAUCUCAGCUCAGACUUGUAUCAUGGUCAGUAGGAAGAAAACUUUUUGAAACAAGGAGGUACUACCUAAACAUGUCCAAUAAGAAACUUAAUAUUUUUCUUUCUUUGCAAUACAUUUGGAAAUGUUUUGCUACGGUGUGCCCCACUGAACAAGACCAUUCAUAUCUAUGUGAAAAUUGCUUGGACAUUCAAACCAUAUACACAUUAUCUGUUGGUUGGCUUCUAUAAGAUGGAACUCAUAUGGUGGACAAUGUUGUGUGUCCUCAGGAUGAGAACAGUCCACCAGGAACAGGUGGAGCCAAGAACGAUGUCAACCGCUCGAGUGGAGGUAGUGGUGGUGGAGGGGAGGGGCUGAUGCAGGAAAUGAACGCCCUUCUAGCGCGCAGGUGA